UUUGUCUCCUAACGGCUUGGUUUUACGGCAGUGUUUCUACUGAAAACCUUCACACUGGUUGCGAUGCAGCAAGACAGGCGAACCGAAUGGUUUACACUUACUUUACAAACCACUUGAUACCCUCGUGGUUACCUGGCUGCAUAGUACGGUAGAAGACUUUUGCACAGAGGGCUCAUUAGAAGGAGUUCUUUUGUUCCGUGCUGAACUUGUUAAUAAUAUACCCAGCAACAGCAACAACAACAUGAGCAACGGCGACAGCACUAGCGACAACAACAACAUGAGCAACAAACGAGUGGCACAAGAGACAGCCCUUGACACUUCUGCUGCAAUCAUGGAAUCAGAACAACCGCUGAAAAAAAGUAUACCGCUAUCGCCAACAAAGACCGUAUUCGACGAUGAUGAUGACACCGCAACGGCGUCGACAAUAUCGGCACCUCAAUACGAUUUCCUACAACGGCAAGCCCGUCGAGUAGCGCGAUGGCCCCACACAUAUCUCUGGACCGCACUGCUGGGGGCCGUGGGCCUAUCUGUGGCUGGCAUGUUAUUAGGAGACUUCCAUGUAGUCUUUGACAAUCUGGGAUGGCCCAGUCGCGGUACUCUGAUAUCGGAUCGACAGAGUCAACUGAUGCUGGUCAAGAAGAACCGAUAUGAUCUAGCCAGCAAGAACAAUAGCGCUGCGUGGCGGGACCUUACGACGACGGUCCAGUGCGGAUGGCAACAGGGCUGUCGACCGACCUCCGUAACGGACGACGGUGGUGGCAGUGUGGCUGUCACAGUCAGCGACACGAACGAGACCUUCACCAACACUAGUGAAGACGGCAUGAGCAACAUUACGACACUUACUACUGCGGAAGAAGAAGAAGAAGAGCAAGACAACGACGAUGCGAUCUUUAGUGGUCCCAUCAGUCCGACAUCCCUUACUGAGCUAUGGUCCCACUGUGAUGUAGAAAUGUACGCAAAGCCAGACUUUAUCGUUAAACACAAGCUGUGGCCUGUCUGGCAAGUCAAGGACAGCAACGCGUCGGCUCUGGAUCCAGACCUCCUACAAACGAUUUGCGAGGCCGAAGAACAGACCCAAGCCGUGCUCCACGAAAACGGACUCUGCCAUGGGUGCGACAAUCAACAGUGCCUCCCUCCCUUUAGUGUCGUACUCUAUGCACGUUUCACGGUGAGAGACGGAUUCGGGAUGAACUGCUCCCAGUUGGCGGACGCUUGGGCUCCGUUCCAGGCCGAAACAGAAGAAGAAUGGAAGCAAUGUGUCGCUCACUUGAGAAGUGCCAAAGACGUUAACGAGUUGGUGGAAGACCGUGGCCCCUGUCCCACCGUGUUUUCACCGGUGCUAGUGGAUGACUUAUUCGAUCAAACGGGACGAGUCUCCUACACCAGCUCGAUCUUUGUCACCAAAGGAGAAGACUUGGAAGAAAUAUAUGAGCUCCGGGACGGCUUGGGUCGGGGCGACAGUGAUAACAUUGAAGUUGCCUAUGACUCUCAAUUGAUGAAGUUUAUGGAACUAUAUGCUGUCAACACUGGGCCUCAGAAUCUGUUCUGGUGUGCCGGUUCUGUCAUUGUCACGACGACUGCCAUGAUGAUACACACCAGAUCUCCCUUUUUGACGUUGAUUGGUAUCAUACAAAUUGCACUCAGUUUCCCACUGGCAUACAGCAUUUACCGAUUUCUCGGAGGCAUCACGUUCUUCCCCUUUCUAAACUUGGUGGGCGUUUUUGUCGCCUUUGCCCUUGGAGCAGAUCACGUUUUCGUAGCUGUCGAUAAGUGGAAGAACGAGCGAUUGGACCAUCCCCAUGCCACCACCGAAGAUGUCGCUGGAAAUGCAUUGCCAGGCGCUGGACGAGCCAUGGUUUUGACCACUGCAACUACAGCCAUUGCCUUUUUUGGCUCUGGGAUAUGCCCUGUCCUCCCCGUCAAACUCUUUGGUAUCUUCUGUGGCCUUCUCAUUUCGGUAGAUUACAUACUGGAUUGUUUGGUGAUGUUCCCCUGUCUCUGCAUCUACGACAGCUAUCGGCAUCAGCGAAACUACUUUAUGGACUUGCACUGUUCGAAGCGUAGCACAACCGAGGAAGGACUAGCCGUGCCACCUGCUAUUGAAAAAGCGAAACCAGUGGGAGAAGAGAAGGAUGAAGAAACGGAUGACAUGGACCUUGCAAAGGACAAGCGGGAAACCGCCGUGACGGUGAUUGACCAAGAUAACAACUGUUGUGAAUUGGGCGAUCCGCAGAAUGUUCCUUUGAUUCGACGCAUCCUUCUUGGUUAUUACAACUGCAUUCACAAAUGCAGAUGGAUCCUCUUUGUACUUUCACUGGCCGCCAUUUUGGUCUGUGGUUAUAUUGCAUCACAGCUAAGACCGCCAGAUUCAUCGUUUGAUGUUCAAGUUCUCGUGGGUUCUGUGGAAUAUGAAAAAGCAAGAUCAUGGCGACCAGAGCUGCUGUACAGCGCACUGCUUUCUAAUUUUGGAGAAGAAGGAAAUGUAAUUUGGGGUGUCAAGCCUGCCGACACUGGGGAUAAGUUAGACCCAUACACCUGGACAGAACUGGUCUUGGACGACAGCUUUGAACCCUCCUCCAAGGCAGCGCAAAUCUACCUGAGAGACUACUGCGCAAGAUUCUUUGAGCAAGAGUUUGCUGAAAGGGUACAAGAAGGCAUAGAUCCUGGCUGCUCGAUCACUGACUUUGAUGACUGGUUGCAACAACAGUCGAGUCUUCCUGAGGACGUUCAGAGCGAGACAUAUUUAGAAAACUGCAAUGGAGCAACUGCAAUACCUCUCGAAGAAGACACAUUUCAUCCGUGUCUUUCGAGCUGGGCCCAAGAAGAGGAAAUCAGUAAUAUUCUGUCUUUGGAUGGGGUCGUCAAGAUCAUCUUUAUUGGCUUCAAAAGUCGGAUUCGUUUCGACAAUGAAGAUGCCAUCGUCGGAAAGGAGUGGCAUCUUGUUGAAGCGUGGAUGGAUGAAGACCGCAAACAUGCACCUGUUGGAGUUGAAAGGAGCUUUUUCUCUCAACUCGAUUACUUGUUUUGGGACACUAACAAUGCUGUGUCUCAAACAGCACGGUGGUCAGGAGCCAUUGCCAUUGCUGUUGCUGCUUUGGUGAUCCUGUUUUCUUCCAGAUCGCUGAGUGUGACAAUAUUCUCCGCGAUCAGUGUGGCCUAUGUCUUGGUGUCUGUGACCGCGAUGAUGGUUUUGGCAGGCUGGACCCUUGGAUUUCUUGAGAGCAUUUGCUUUACGAUUCUUAUUGGUUUGUCAGCUGAUUUUGUGUUGCAUUUCAGUCAUGCAUACACCGAACUUCCUGGGGACACGGAUCGUGGUACCCGAACUAAACACGCUUUGAUUCACCUGGGGCCUUCUAUCUUGGCUGCUGGCAUUACAACAGUUGCUGGUGCAGCUAUGAUGCUGUUUUCCGUGAUCUAUUUCUGGCGGCUUUUCUCGCUGGUUUUGCUCUUCACCAUUAUUCAGGCUACGAUUGGUUGCUUUGUAGUCUUUGUCGUCUUGGUCGACUGCAUCGGGCCAUCCAAUCCAACCUACCUUUUUGACAUUGUGGCAUCGAAUUGUGCUGCUUGCGUCGGCAUGGCGGCAUCGAAGUGUGCUCUCUUCUGGCAGCAGCUCCAACCGGAAAAUGUUGCCGUCGCACCGAGGAUGUCGCAAGUGUCCACGGCGGAAUCUGAUUAUCGGAAUUCAGAACUAUUCAAUGAAUCACAAUCAGUGGUAACGACCAUAUGGGUAUAGCUAGGUAAAUCAAAUGCACUAAAAGCCAUCUCAGACUUGGCGCUUGAUACGAGGAAUCGGACGAGAGCUGCACCGAUUUGAUGAGCGGGGCAGUAAUUCCAGAGCAUUCGCGCUUCAGAGGCAGAAGCCACCGACAACCCUAAGACGCGGUUGCAAUACCAGAAAAGAAUCCUCUGAAGUUAGUUUUAUUCAUGGCUGGGUGCGCGAGAAUUCCAACGACGGGCGGUACCGGCACGCCAGCUUCAAAUAAUGAUUCGAUUCUAUUCAAUUUCUCCCGACCCGUCUUCGAAGGGUGCUGCCCCAUCAACAACGCGGAACUCAAAGCGGUCACAGGUACUCCGACGUGGCGUCGGCUACCAAUGCAGUCUGGUUCAGUUUUCUGCAGCUGAUGACAGUACACAUUCUAUCACCCAACCGAAAAACAUUCUAUCACCCAACCGAAAAUUUGUGGGUGGUCCGAAAUUCAGCAACACCAACAUGACGGCUGUACUAUGGCUGAGUUCAGGCUUGCAACAAAGUACAAGCCACCAGCACAUGCAAUUCCAACGGCAGCUGAUACCCAUACCGGUGCAGCCACAGUCAAGCCAUGAACUUCAUGAUUAUUGCUUUCUUCAUCUUUGUUUUUGAAAAUGAGGACCCGACUCGGGAUGGGAUUGCCGCACUGACACGCGAAGCAUCCCAAGCCAUUGGACCAGAUAAGAAGGCAAAUCCAUUGCAGCGCCGUUCAGUUUUCUGCAGCUGAUGA